CUUCACAAGAAGAAGACGAGAUGAAGAUGAAGGUUGGUUAUCCUUACGUUAGCAACGUGAUCGGCUGAAAUUUAAAACUUCUGAAGAGAAGCACACCAUCAAAUCACAAGAACUACAAGAAGUUAGAAUUCUGGAAUUCUUCAUGAUCUGUUCCAACGAAUGCUGGCUGAUAUCGUAGAGGAGGAAACCACGUGUUGAAUCUGAAAAAUGACGAGAGGAUCCGACCUCGUUUCCCCAGCGAGGCUGUCCACAGUCUCCACCCUUGCCCCUUCCCCAUCCCCCGAAUUUGAGUUAGAUUUGCAUUUUACUUAACAGGUAAGAGGAGCAACCGGAAUUGUCACAGGUUGUUACGUCAUCGUCGAUAAUCAUGUUGUGAGUAGUUGAUUUCUACCUGAUCAUGUUCCUUUUGUUUAUAGAAGUCAAGAAUUGUCUUCUUCUAGCAGGUUGUCGUUGGUAAGAACUAUUCUCUGACACGACCAAACAUGAUGAUAGCAAUGGGCAAUGACAAAGAUGAAGAUGAUAUUUCCUCCAUUCCCAUAUGAAAAUUCGAUUCAUAGAUGAAUCAACAAACUAAGUAGAAACUAGUAGUAGAUACAACUUACUUACUAUGUCCUCCACCUCUAACAUUACUUCAAUCUCCUCGAGCAGCAUUGUAAACGACCACAAGAUGGCACCUCCACCUCCACCUGGUGCCUCUCACCUUACAGCAUUACCUACGCACGCAUCACGGCAAGCGGACGCUGAUCCUCCGAUGAUCAUGAACUUGGACAGAAAUGUCCGGCCGAGCGAUUUGGGUCAGGUUAUCGCCGACUGUUACGGCGUGAAAAGCACUGUGGUAAACCAAGCGGGACUGCGAAGAAUAGUGCAGCAGACGGUGAGCUACAACGAUGCUCUGCUGAAAAGGGAUUCGCAAAGGAAGCGAGAACUCCAAAAAAGGAACGAAGCUGAGCAUAGUUAAGGGUUGCAAGAAGUUGACCUCUCUAUGCGCAUACCGCAUAAGCAUCCAAAUGUUGACUUUUUCAAGAAGGAAAGUCAACACAGAUUGAUAUGGGAGAUGAAAGAUUGGCCAACUUUCAGCCCCUAAGAUAGAGUAGAAAAGAAGAUCGAGGAGCAGGCGGGUAGAGCAACCAAUAACGGAAGGGGCAGAGGACAAGCUGCCAUCGGACCAAAAAGUACUAGGGUAAGACCACAUAAAAGCAGAGACAGAAGAAGUAGAACUAGGAGGUCUCUUUCGAGAGGGAGAGGGUCUUCGUGCUCGAGCAAGAGGUCAGAAGACCGAAGUAGAAGAAAGCAUGUUGAAACAAAACAACAUGAAGAUCAAGAUGUGCCAAAGCCAAAGCGUCGUCGAAGAGAUGAAGAUGAAAAGUCAUCAAGUAGAGAGCGCAGUAGAACCAGAAUAACACGGCUCCUCGGGUACGGGCUACUGAAAGUACGUGAAAAUACAGGUGAUGGUGAACGAGAGACAUCACCUUCGAAGACAAGGGUCACCGCGGAAGGUCGUGAGACAUCACCUUCGAAGACAAGGGUCACCGCGGAAGGUCGUGAGACAUCACCUUCGAAGACAAGGGUCACCGCGGAAGGUCGUGAGGCAUCACCUUCGAAGACAAGGGUCACCAGGGAAGGUCGUGAGGCAUCACCUUCGAAGACAAGGGUCACCAGGGAAGGUCGUGAGGCAUCACCUUCGAAGACAAGGGUCACCAGGGAAGGUCGUGAGGCAUCACCUUCGAAGACAAGGGUCACCAGGGAAGGUCGUGAGGCAUCACGAUCACCUUCAAAGCCUCCUAGGCCGCCGACUUCGUGUUCUUCUACAAACACGAGCAGGAAUCUCCGUGGAUGCAACAAUCAACGCUCGCAUGCUGAGGUAAAUGCCGAAUUGGAACAACAGAGAUCAGAGGAUGAUGACGACCUGUCGUACCAUCGUCAACGAGAAGGUGAGGGCUGCUCUUCAAAUCCAACAUCUACUUCCUCUCCGAAAACUGUUCCCGCUGCUUCCUCUUCAAUCACUAGCGCUUCCUUCGUAGGACUAGGAGGUACUUUUUUUACAACGUCUUCGUCUUCGUCUAGUGCUACAAUUAGAAGUACCUCGACGAGGACGGCAGCUGCUUGUCCUUGUGCUCUCCGCUCAGCAUCUUCUUCAACCAAUGCGAAUCCUGGUAAGGCAGCUUGUCAUCCUUCGUCUUCCUCCGCUUCUAUGUCCACGGCCACGUCUUCCGCAAGAAUUAUAGAUCCUUCUCAAAAGAGGGAAAUAGCGCGAUGGCUGAAGCUGGAUCCGAAUUCGUUCGGUGGAGGUUUCCAAGCAAGAAAGCGACGCAAACAAGAAGAUCUUCCCUCUGCAUCAAUUAAUGUCGUUCCACCGUCAUCAGGAGGCGCUACUGUGAAAAUUCCACCAGGUCGUGGAGGUGCUACAACAAGUAGUAGUAAGAUAUCUUCGAUGAACUACGCGUUGUAUACAACAAAGAAUACAAGAACAGCUUCUGUUGAAAAUUCCGCAUCCACUUCUAUCAAUACGACUACAACACGUCUUCCUUCCUGCAGCACAGCUCGAGAAGCUAAUCCACCAUUAGGAUCAACAUCACCUCUUACCGCCCCAGCCCCCUUUCUAAAUAUGAAUGUACUUGAGCAGCAAGAAGACCAAGAUAAUGAUGAUGGUGACAUUUUUCUCGAAGAGGAUGAAGGCGAUAUCUCUCUCGAGAGUAUCAGCAUAAACUUAAAUGAUGACAAUUGAGACUUGACUUUCCGUUAACACGCGUUAUUUUUUGACAUAAAGAACAUGAGAUAGAUUAACACAUGAACAAUGAUGAACGUGAACUUGAACAUGUUGACUAGCAUCAUUGUACUAAAAAUAGUGGUCGUAUCGAGAACCAUGCACCUCUUGGUUCUCUACUGAGUUAGAUUUUUUGAAAGAAAGCCUUUUCAUUUCCACCAUAUUGUAUCAACUACGCGGAGUUUGGAGUGUGGAGAAAAUCGAGAUAAGUAUCUUCAGUGGACAAUAGCAGGGUCCUCCUGCUUUUCUCAGACAGGACGUCCUUCUGGUUUUUGUCCUUGGCAAUUGUGCUGUGCCUGUGUGACC